CUCUUAGGUUCCUAGGGGAACAUAGCACAUUUCCAUACCACCCUGUUUUCUGUAGUCCUCUGGGUCGCUCCUCGACUUUUCAUAAUCUCUCAUCUCUUUACACAAUCUCCUUCAUGUCAUCCUCUGACCCAUUUCCAACUUGUUUCUCAUUCGAUCUCCACUCAAGAGCCUGGGGCCACGGUGUCACUCGACGGUCUCCUCAGUGUGUGUCUAGUCCAUCUCCAUUUUCUUCAACAUAUUUGUUGGGCAAUAGGUCUUUGAUUGGUUUGUUGCUAGAGUUCUUUCUCAGUAAGUCAGAGUUGUUAAAACUACUCAGUUACCCGGAAUAUACGUUGUCAGUGCUUUCAUGUGCUUUAGAGACUUGGCGUGUCACCGAAAGCAUCUCAUCAGGUUACUCUUAAAUCCGCGUAUUAUGUCUCGAAUUUUACUUCAUGUUUUGUUUGUUUUUCAUUUUCAUAUAAAUUUAAUUGACAAGUAGAUGUGUGUGUGUUUGAUCAGAUGGUUCGUAAUGUGUAUUGCUCAAGUAUACAUCAUUUUCAGAUGAACUCUGCCUUUUAUUAAUAACGUCAACCAAAUAUAACAAUAUUCUCACUGAUCGUCACAAGUAGUUCACUUCCUGCCUGCCACUUGCGGAAUAUGUAGCUCGCUUGUUAGUGUAGACACUUGGUAUCCGACCAUUUGGCCUUGAGUUUUAACGAUUGCAUCCUACCCUAACACUAUUAAUGGAUGGAAGUAUAAUUUUCCUUCAUACUAUGAAUGUAACACUCCCUACUUUAAGAGUCCGCAUAUGGUUGCUGAAUUGUACAUGACAUCGUCUGUAUCUGGAUACCUUCAACACGUAUGCUUUGUAUUGUGUCUCGUGAAUCUUUGGUUUUAAUCCCUUUAGGAAGGACGCUGAAAAAAAACGGAUUCUUCUACACAGCAGAAAUCUUGAUGUACUUGUUGUGCAAUGCACUCCUGUCAAAUGUAACAUGCCACAAGUGUUGUCUGCACUAUUUCCUAGUUUAAAGGUAGGGAGUGAACCGGUUGAGUGUCUUAACUGUUACGAAGGUGACUGAGUCUUAGAACGAUGAGUGGUGCUUGAAUCUUGAAAAGAAGAAUGAACCGAGAAUUUAGGCUUUAUUCAUUUUACAAUGAAGCCGGAAUGGCUUAAACGUAUAAAGGGAAAAAAGAGUGUUAAUAGCGGUAGAGAUAUGAAUAUGAUUAGAUACGUAUUAUAAGAAAAGUUCACAACAUUAACCAUUUCACUUAUUCGAUGGCUUACGUCAUCUUUCGCAAAAACAUGAUGUCUGACUGUCGAACAAAGGACUUGUGUACUGCUCAGCAGUUCACUCUGUCGUUCUUUGUAUCUGUGAAACGUAAACGUUAGAAGAGGUCAUCUAUCUUUUUGACCAACUAGAGACGUUUGCACUCUGUCAAGUGGUAUAAUAUAGUGGGCAAUAUAAAAGGGUUAGGCAUAGAAUGUUAGGUAGGGAGGGAAAGUCAGUCGGUCAGGUUGUGUUACUCAUGCGAAGCUAUCGGCUUCCUCAACGAAUAACAUAAAAGAGUUAGCGAUGGUCGAAUCAAAACGUGAAUGUGCGCUGUUGUUUUGAGCGAGCGUUGAAGCGGACUGUAAGCUGUCUGACGAGGUGGGCUCGUUGAAACAGUGAGAACUAAAUGAUUUGAGACUUGCUGAAAUGACUCUGAAUCACUGUCAUCGGCAUAGAUGGAUUUGCUCUUGUAGCCUCCCAAAUUCAUUGAGCCUUCAUUUUUCUCCAUGAACUUAUUCUUCCUCCCGUAAAUUUCUGUUCAUCAUAGUUCUUUUGAACUUCCGUCAUCUACCUUUUUAUGCUACGUAGAGCAUAGCAAUUUGAAACUGCUUCACUUCUGUGUAUAAUAGUCCCACACUGAUUACUCAGUCUCAAUGGUCUAGUGCUGUUCGGUUAUUCUACUGUGUUAGGUGUAAGGGCUUGUGUAAAGUGUUUGUGUAUAUAGUCUCUCUUUCUUUCUCUCUCACUUUACAGGAAUACUGCUACAUUCACUGUUAUGUUCAUGGAAUUAUUGCCGGGUGGUGAAUUGUUUGAUCGUAUUCCUAUUGGUGUCGGACUACAUGUUCAACAGAUGUUUAUAUAUUAUUCACAGAUUUUAGAUGCAUUAAACUAUUUGCAUAAUGAUCAACAAAUUGCACAUUUAGAUGUUAAACCAGAGAAUAUUAUGCUGACUAAAAAGGAUAGAGCCAAGUUAAUUGAUUUCGGUUGGGCUGUAGAUUUACGCAAACGAAAACUUAUUCAAGGUCCAGUCGGUACAACGAGUUAUGCGGCUCCUGAAGUUCUCGGAAAAAACCCAUAUUUUGGACCACCUGCUGAUCUCUUCUCACUUGGUGUUACACUUCUCACGGCUGUCACUGGUCAGCGUUGUUGGUCUCGUGCUAGUUAUACAACAGAUCCUGUAUACCGACAAUGGACAGAACACAAAGAUCUACACACUGGUCCAGUAUUUUCCCGACUUCCUCCUGAUUUGGCUAACUUCUUAACACGUGCUUUAGCUCAUCGUCCUUCUGAUCGUCUUACUGUCGAAGGUAUCCUUAAUCAUCCUUGGUAUCGUCUUGGUACGUCUCGACGUUUAACUCCUGUAGCGUCACCUCGAAAUCGACAAAAUUCAGGUGUAUCUGUUAGUACUAUUACAUGUGACACUGAUCGUACUAAUACUGCACAUAGGAAUUAUCAAGGAGAUGCUCCAGUUCCUUCAUCUCAACCAGCACCAGUGUGUAAUACUCAUUUGGAUUCUAUUGUAAAUGAUCUGCAUUUAUCACAACCUGUUGAUACGGACAGUAUGUUAAUGGCUUCUCAACUGGUUGGAAAUAUUGACUCUGUUAAAGAUCGUCUUGGCUUUUCGUGUAUAAUGCGGCGAAUGACUCGAUUCUUUUCAGCUUUGUCAUCAGUGGGGCAUACUAUGGAAGUUAUACAAGCUGUAGUUGCCCAAAGGCGGCAUUUACGUGCAACAGUUAAAGGAUCAAAUAAUCUUCUUAUUGAUAUUAAAAGUCCAGAACACCCAGGAACUGCUUUCCGUGUCCUGUCGUAUCCAUUGGCUGGUUCAAUACUUGUUGAUUGUCGGCGAGUUUCUGGUGAUGGCUUACUAUUUCAUCAAACCUAUGCAGCAAUUUAUACAGAUCUUUCAGCUAUGGGUGCGGUGAAUAUUACACAUCCUUAUUUGCAUAUCUUAUUGCCUGAAAGACCAACAAAUAACGCUGAUCAAUCAUCAUCGGAUUCAACAAAUACUAGUAAUACUUGUAUGCCUGAAACGAACACUACGCCUGCAUACAACGAACCACCUCCAGUGGCCAUGGAAACGUAGUGAUCUACUGAUCUUUGGUGUGGAAUUUUCUUCAAUUUAGAGAUUGCUUAGAGAAGAAGAAAGAAAAAAGGAAGCAUUCACUUAUGACUUAUGCUGAACAUAUUUACAAUAUUUUUCUACACUAACUUACUUUUUUAUCGAAAGAAAAUUUUGAUAUCGAUGUUUACUUGAUUCUUAUAUUAUUAUAUCAUAUUAUUUUACCCGGUGUGUGUGUGAGUGUGGAUUUUAGUGCAUCAUCAGUGCUUGAGAGGAAAAAAAUCUAUUCUGUAAUGAA